AGUUAAUAAUGUGUAAAAUGAUUAUAAGAUUUAUAAUAUUAGAUAAUAAUGUAAAUUUAAUACAGUGUAAUAAAAUAUUUACAAUACUCAGGUUUUCUAAGUGCUAUUGGUGAUAGUUGCUCAAAGGCCUGGCAAACACCAUGCUGAAAUUGAAAACUAUCCUAACGUCACCUUAAGAGAUUGUGGUAUUGGCAGACAAUCAAACCUAUUAAACGACAAAUGCUUUAAAUGGCAUACAAUUAACAACAUGGCAGGCAAUAUUGAAAAUGGUCGAAUUGCCGACCCGGGUGAAAUGCCCUGGACAGUAUACAUUCUACUCGACAAGCCAGACAUUAAUAUCAAAAACUAUCAGGCAACGGGCGUUAUAUUAAAUUCCAGGUGGGUGUUAACCGCCGGUCACGUGGUCAAUUGCAAAAAACGGGACGGCACAGUUUGCUGGUCGCACAACAUCCGGGUCUAUCCGGGACUCCAGAACGUGGCCGACAUCAGCCGAGUGCGGGCCCACACGUCCCACACCUACUUUAUACCGGAGAACUAUGUAAAACACAAAUGGGACGCGUUUGACAUAGGCAUGCUCAAACUGAACGAGCCCAUCCAGUUCGCGAACGGCACCGGACACAGGGCAGUUAACGGUGUGUGUCUGCCACGUAAGGCAGUGUACAACCGGUACGAAGAGUACGCCGUGAUGGCCGGUUUUGGUAGACUAAACAACGGGGGCGAUUCUGGUGGCCCAUUGAUACAGUACGUGGACGGUGUGGCUGUACUAAUUGGUAUAUCGAGGGGUGUGGAGCCCAUUCCAACCGCUCAUUGUAUUGUACAGGAUCCUAAUAAGCGAGCAUGGUUCACCAGGGUGUCGCUUAAAAUUGACUGGAUCAUUGGCACGGUGGCUAAUUUUAGCACUCCAUAACAUAUAAUGAGCUAAUCAUUGCACAACUAAUAAGUUACACUUAAGUUAUUUAGCAUGU